AUGUUGGGUGUGGUGGCUCAUGUCUGUACUCCUAGCACUCGGUUGGAUAAUGAAGAAAAGGGAGAUUUCUGUGUGAUCACAGCCAGCCUGAGCUACAGAGCAAGACCCCCUUCUCCUAAAAACACAACAAACUCCAUAGAAACAGAACUACCAAUGAUUCAGCAGUUCUUCUGCAAUCCUGAAGAGAUCUGGUUAGCACACUACAAAGAUGUCUGCAUGUGCUUGAUUGUCAUAGCAGCAAUGGAAAGUUUAUGGAAUCAUCGUAGAUAUCUAUCAGAAGAUGAGUGGCACAUCAAAGAAGGAGUACGGAUGGAGACAAAGAAUGAGACAAUGGUCCUGGCAUUUGUGCUGGAGGGUUUCCAUGUGGCUCAGCACCUGGGCAAGGUCCUGUUCUUGGUGCACCUGCUGGUGUAUCUGGCCUCAGUCGCAGGAAACACACUCAUCAUUGCCAUUACUUGGACUGAUCCUCACCUGCAGACCCCUAUGUACUUCUUCCUCAGAAGCUUCUCCUUCUGUGAGUGCUGUUUCAUCUCUACUGUGAUCCCCAAGCUGCUAUCUAUCUUUCUUUUUGGAGACAGAGCAAUUCAUUUCACUCCUUGUAUCAUGCAAGCGUUUUUCUUUUUGUUUCUUGGGUCAACGAUUUUCUUCCACAUGGCUGUGAUGUCCUUGGAUCGCUACCUGGCCAUUUGCAAGCCUCUGCACUACCCAACCAUCAUGAACCCCAGGGUCUGUUUCCUUCUGGUUUUCUUCAGCUAUGUGAUUUCCUUCAUCCUAAUAACUGGUUUAAUUCUGAAGCUUUCCUGGUUGUCUUUCUGUGGCUCCAAUGUCAUCCCCCAUUUCUUCUGUGACCUUGGCUCCUUAAUUCAUCUCUCCUCCUCAGACACCCAGUCUCUUGAAAGAAUGGCAUUUGGCGCUGCAUUGUUUGUCCUUUUCACAUCUGUCAUUACAGCUGUAUUUGCAUAUAGCAACAUACUAAUCUCAAUAAUGCACCUUCCAUGUGCCAAGGAUAGACAGAAAGCUUUCUCCACCUGCUCAUCCCACCUCAUCGUCCUCUCUCUAAUGUAUGGUAGCUGUGUAUUUAUAUAUGUGAAACCAAAGCAAACAAGUAGGCUAGAAUCCAACAGAGAGGCUGCUCUUGUGAACACGGUGGUGACACCACUUCUGAACCCUGUCAUCUACACCCUGCGCAACAAGCAGGUCCACCAGGCUCUGAGGAAUGCACUGUCCAGGGUGAACUUACAGAAAUAG